CCUGGUGAGUUUUCCAGGAGGUUGUGCUGUGCUCGGUGAGGUGACACCUAGACACCCCCGACCUGGAGUGACUCGCCUUUCUCCUCCUGCCUCCGCGCCGGACCGGGUACCAUCUCUUUAUCUACACUCAAGUGAAACAAAAUGCCCUUCAAUGGUGAGAAGCAGUGUGUGGGUGAGGACCAGCCAAGUGAUUCAGACUCUUCGCGGUUUUCUGAAAGCAUGGCCUCGCUCAGUGACUAUGAGUGUUCCAGGCAGAGCUUUACAAGCGACUCCUCCAGCAAAUCCAGCUCUCCUGCUUCAACAAGCCCUCCCAGGGUUGUAACAUUUGAUGAAGUGAUGGCUACAGCAAGGAACUUAUCAAACAUGACUCUUGCUCAUGAAAUUGCUGUAAAUGAGAACUUCCAAUUGAAACAAGAUGCUGUCCCAGAGAACAGCUUGGCAGGUCGAGUGAAGCACAUUGUUCACCAGGCCUUCUGGGAUGUCUUGGAAUCAGAACUAAAUGCUGAGCCUCCUGAGUAUGAUCAUGCCAUCAAACUGUUUGAAGAAAUCAGAGAGACUCUUCUCUCUUUUCUGACUCCUGGUGGCAACCGGCUUCACAACCAGAUCUGUGAAAUUUUGGACACAGACCUCAUUAGGCAGCAGGCUGAGCACAGUGCUGUUGACAUCCAAGGCCUGGCCAACUAUGUCAUCAGUACUAUGGGAAAGCUAUGUGCUCCUGUGCGAGAUAAUGAUAUCAGAGAGUUAAAGGCUACUGGCAACAUCGUGGAGGUGCUGAGACAAAUAUUUCAUGUCCUGGACCUCAUGAAAAUGGACAUGGCCAAUUUUACAAUUAGGAGUCUUAGACCACACCUUCAACGCCAGUUGGUGGAAUAUGAGAGAACUAAGUUCCAGGAAAUUUUAGAAGAAACUCCAAGUGCUCUUGAUCAUACUACAGAAUGGAUAAAAGAAUCUGUAAAUGAAGAAUUGCUCUCUGUUUCUGAGACUGCUUUAACUACUGGGGCCCAAAAUAGCUCCAAGCCAAGCCUGAGCCCUACGCUGGUGCUAAAUAACAGUUACUUGAAACUGCUACAAUGGGAUUAUCAGAAAAAAGUAUUACCAGAGACACUCAUGACAGAUGGAGCACGUCUUCAGGAACUGACAGAUAAGCUGAAUCAAUUGAAAAUUAUUGCCUGCCUGUCCCUAAUUACCAACAACAUGAUGGGUGCUAUUACAGAAGGCCUGCCUGAGCUUGCAAACAGGUUAAAAAGGAUUUCAGCUGUACUGCUUGAAGGCAUGAACAAAGAGACCUUUAACUUGAAGGAAGUCCUGAAUUCUAUUGGUGUUCAGACUUGUGUUGAGGUUAACAAGACCCUAAUAGAGAGAGGUUUACCCACUUUAAAUGCUGAGGUUCAAGCUAAUCUUGUAGGUCAAUUUUCAAGCAUUGAAGAGGAAGACAAUCCUAUCUGGUCCCUGAUUGAUAAACGAAUCCAGCUGUACAUGAAAAGCAUACUUUGUCUUCCAAGCCCUCAAAAAUGCAUGCCUCCCAUGCCAGGAGGUCUUGCUGUCAUUCAGCAGGAGCUAGAAGCUCUAGGCUCUCAAUACGCGAGCAUUGUGAAUCUCAACAAACAAGUAUAUGGACCGUUUUAUGCAAAUAUACUUCGAAAACUGCUCUUCAGCGAGGAGGCCAUGGGGAAGGCAGAUGCUUCACCUCCUACUAACUAAAGAGGAACUGACAUUGGAUAAGAGAUUGGAAAUCCAGCAUUUGGUACCCAGGCCAUUUCCAUCAAUGGCAUUAUAGAUGUGGCACAUUCUCAGUACUGUCUGUGGUGCAGCGUUAGCCCAAAUCUGUAAUCUAGUAAAUAUUAGCAUUACAGAAGAUGCACACAUCAUAUAGACCUUUUUUGUGCAUCAUUUUCAAGUUUUAAAAACAGGUGUUUUUAAUGACUGGAAACCAAUUUGUAAUUAAUUAUAUUACCUAUGUAAUACUUAUAAAUGUUUUCUUAAGCUUUUAUAUUUGGCUUAUUCAUUCAACCCUUAAGGAGUUGUUUUUCCCAUUUGUCACUGUCAAAUCUAAUGAUUUCUAAUUUUGGUACAACUUCUUAAAGGGUUGAAAGUUGUGAGAAUAACCAAGGGAAUUGAUGUUUUGAAUAAAUGAUGUGAAGUAAGAAUAAUUGUAUUUGAAAUGUACAAUUACAUUUUAUUAAUGUGUUAUAGAAACUUACAUAGUAAGUCCUCAAAUAUGCCAAAUCACAUUUUAUAGUACCAAUUGUCAGUAUUUAUUUAGAAUUUAAAUUUAAUAAGUACACUUUUGUGCUGUCUACAAAUUUUAAAGAAAACCUUUCUUGUUUGUUUAAUGAAAAUAGAAACAAAUCCCUUCUAAAAUUUUAUUGUAGAGGUUGAAUUAACCUGCUCUCUGAGAGAAACAAUUUUGCACAAAUAUCUUAGUGAAUGUCCUUGCAUUUCUCAGGCCAUUGGUAAGGUUUAUAUAAGAUUUUAAUAUUUUUAUGUAAGGCAGUUCUGCUUUGAAUUGGUUUACUUGUAAGAAGAAGGGAAGUUAAGUAAAAUGAGAUCCCAUUCUCCAUGAAGUUCACAUCUGAAAAAGAAACAGUUGAACUUUGGAUUUCUUAAGCAUGUAAAUUAACUAGCAAAUGCCUUUUGUGCUGCUUUAAAUCUUUACCCUGUUAAGACCAAGCGUACUUAUGCUCUUCUAAGUAUCAUUAUCAUUUGCUGUUCUUGAGCAUUAAAUCAAACCUAGCAAAGCUGGACACUAGUUAUUAUUGGGAUUUUAGGGAAAUCUUCUUAUCUUGGAAUUACAUACUCCUUUUGGAGUGUUGAGGGAAGCACUACAGUUUGGCAUACUCGGUCUAGAAAGUGCUUUAUUUGCAUAAAAUGCAUGUUUGAUUAUUUUGUUUUCUAAGGACUCACUGAGUUGUAGUAAUUUGGUGGAGAAAAUGGGUAGGAAGUAAAGAGGAGUGUUCCUUUUUCCCCCAACCUCCUUUUUCUCACCACAACCUCCACCAUUAUGGUGUUCUUUCAUGAUUUUACAAAGUACUAGGAAAUGAUUGUGUGAAUAAAUUAUCUUCAGUGCAAUUAUCUUUGCAUUUCAGGGGAUCUGAAGAAAUUCUGAAUGUCGAUUUUUUUUCACAAUGCCCUAUACAUAAAUCAACCAUUCUAUCUAUUUAAGCAGCUUUGUGUACGUGGAAUUUUAUUUAAGAGUACAUCAUUGGUCUUACCCAUUUUUUUCUUUCUAUAUUCACAUUCUGCCCAUUUUUUCCUCUUUUAUUCACAGUCUGCUCAUUUUUUCCUAUGUUUAGAAACCAUAAGGUGCUGAAGACUUUGGUUUUCAUUUUCUCUUAAGCUGAAGUGGUUUUCAAUUGUGCUGACUUUGGGGCAUGGGUGGCAGAGAGGGUCUGACAGUAGAAAGGAAAUAUGCAGUCUGUUUUCUGUUGCUUUCUGAGGUGAAUCAUUUACUUAACAGGUGGUGCACUUUUUUAUUAUCAGAUUGGAAUCCAACUGAUACUCUUUUAUAUACUUGAUUAUACUGCAGUUGCCAGCAGGAAAACAAUGUGCAAACAUUUUUAAAAACACAUUUAAAAUGAAGGGCAUUCUGCUUCUUUGUUUUUUAAGUGGCAAAGUAAAUUUCAAUGUCUCAAAUCUGGAUUUAUUAGGAUUUUUUAAUCAUAUUCCUUAGUAUGUUGUUUAUUUAGUUUUUACUUAAAUGUUUACUUCUGCUUUUGAGGUUUUCCAAACAUGGUCUUGUUUUGUAUAUUUG